GCUCAAACUCAAAGGGAUAGGCAUGCAUGCAAACGUACGCCGGUGAGAAGCUGCGCGCAGCAUGAGCGUAGGCAGAAGUGCUCGCUAUAAGAGCCGCAACCCUGCCAUCCCUCAUCCAUUCUCACCCGAAACCCCACUGGACCAAUACACUGCUGCAGUGCGAUGGCUCUGAGUGCACAGUCUGGCAAGCCUUUACUUAUCCUGGGCCUGCUCUCCACAUAUCUUUUGGUUUUCUGCCUCGAUUCAGCCGAUGCUCAGAUCAACUACUCCCCUGGAUGGGGCAAGAGAAAUGGAGUAAGAAUUGAAAGUGCUCAGGAGGUUACUGGCUCAUCACCUCAAGGGGUGAACUUCUCACCGGGAUGGGGCAAGCGUGGACUAUCAGGAGCUGCUGGCCCUGGCGUGGGAAUUCCGCAAGAGCUCCGGGACUCGUCAUGCAAAUCAUCCAUGGACACGAUUCUUCACAUUUACAAGCUGGUGCAGGCCGAGGCGCAAAAGUUGACCAACUGUGAGAAGUUUGGCAGUGAAUGAUGAAGUCCGGUAUCCUGCACCAUCCAGCACACAUUAUUUGAGGAAUAUUUUUAGAAGACGCGUUGAAGCAAAAAAGGGCUAUGUCAUACAAUUGUAAUUCGUUUUUAAAACAAGAGGCUGGGCUUUGAUUUAACUUUGCAGCAAGUGUGUAUCUCAUUUUUUGCUUCAGAUGCUUGAUUUUUAAUUGCUAAUAAUUAUUAUUUCUACAAACGAUUUGUAAAUAAAAACAAAUUAAUUUACCGUAGCCCUUA